AUGAACGAUUGCCUCAUGGUAAAUGAUAGACCCGUCGGCUUCUGGGGCAAAAUCGUUGGUUCGCUAUGUGUGAUAGCUGGUGUACUGACAAUCGCUCUACCCGUACCCGUUAUUGUGAGUAAUUUCAAUUAUUUCUAUCAUCGCGAAACGGAUCAAGAGGAAAUGCAGAGUCAAAACUUCAAUCAUGUUACAAGCUGUUCAUAUAUGCCUGGUGCGUUAGGUCAACAUUAUCGAAAAUCUUCCUUGUCUGAAUCAUCGUCAGAUAUUAUGGAUUUAGAUGAUGGCAUCGGUACACCGGGCCUGACUGAUCAUCCAGGUCGUCAUUUAGCUCCAUUUCUAAGGACUCAGCAGUCAUUCGAAAAACAGCAGCUACAGCUGCAGCUCCAAUCACAACAACAACAACAGCAACAACAACCUCAACAGAAUGGCAUUCGAGGGUCUAGCAAUUUAAACCAGAGGCACAAUAGUGCCAUGGCGGAACUACUACUAAUGAUACCGACCUUGCUAAUAAUGAUGAUGAUAAACGUCACCGAUGACGAUGAUGAAGAUGAUGAACUACAAUACUAUUAA